CAAGAUCAUCCGCUUUACUCUUCGCAUCCCUGCUGAGGAAGCAAAGCACCCAGCUAGCGCACGGCUGAAUCCGCUACGACCUUAGGUGGUUGCCAAGCUUAAGCUUUAGAGCGAUCCAUGGCGCGGUCGAGGGGGCUCGCCGUCCCAGCGGCGCUGCUGCUGCUGGUGCUGCUGGCAGUGGCCUCGGCGUCGGCGGUGGGCGUGGCGGCCAAGACGAACGCCCACGACGUCGCGGAGGAGGGCGGCAAGGAGGAGGAGUCGUGGACCGACUGGGCCAAGGACAAGAUCUCCGAGGGGCUCGGGCUCAAGCACGUCGACGAGGAGGAGGCCGCGCGCAAGGCCGGCCAAACCGCCAAGUCCGCGCGCGAGUACGCCCAGCACUCCGCCUCCGCGGUAGGGAAGAAGGCGGGCGACGCCAAGGACGCGGCGGGGGAUGCCGCCGCGGGCGCGUCGAGCAAGGCCGGCCAGGCCAAGGAUCACGCCAAGGAGACGGUGAAGGGCGCGGCCGGCGAGGCGUCCAGCAAGGCGGGGUACGCCAAGGAGAAGACCAAGGAGGCGGCCGAGGCGGCGAGCCAGCGGGGCGCCGAGGCGCACGAGCGAUCGAAGCAGGGCAAGGCCAAGGUCGAGGAGACCGCCAAGGAGAAGGCCGGCCAGGGGUACGAGGGCGCCAAGGACAAGGCCGGCAAAGCGCACGAGACGCUGCGCCAGACCACGGACGCCGCGGCGGAGAAGGCCGGGGCUGCAAAGGACGCCGCGUGGGAGACGACGGCCGCCGCGAAGGACAAGGCCGCGGCGGCUAAGGACGCCGCGGCCAAUAAAGCCGGCGCGGCGAAGGACACCGCGUGGGAGAAGACGGCCGCGGCCAAGGACGCGGCAGCCGACCAGGCCGGCGCGGCCAAGGACGCAGCGUGGGAGAAGGCGGAGGCGGCCGGCAAGAAGGCGCAGCAGUCCAAGGAGGCGGCCAAGGGGAAGGCCACGGAGAAGGCGGCGUCGGCCAAGGACGCCGCGUGGGAGACCGCGGAGGCGGCCAAGGAGAAGGCCAACGAAGGGUACGAGAAGGUGAAGGAGAAGGCGCGGGAGACGGCCGACGCGGCAAAAGAAAGGAUCGAGGAGGUGAAGGAGAAGGUGACCGGCGCCGACGGCGACAGCAGGGAGAAGCACCGGAGGGCGGACGUCGACGCCACGGGCAAGCACCGGACGGUCGACGAGCUGUGAGCAGCUCGGAGCCAGCGCUAGUUUUUCAGUGUGUUGCCAUAGCUCCUGUUCACUGAUGUUUUCAGUGUGUUGCUCUAGUUUUUCACACGGUGCUGUUCCUACUUUGUAUAAUAAUCUGAUGAUGUGUAGACAUGCUUCUCACACUUCAAAA